CGACAUAAGACAUAACAAAUCUUCCUUGUUCAAUGUUCAAAGAUAAUGGCUGCCGAUGAUUGUGGAAGAAAUAUUAAGAGAGAACUUGAAUCUGUUGGAGAUGAAGUGAUUUUUGAAACAAAUAUCAUGAAAUGUGAAACAGGUGAAACUGAAAUGGUCGGUGAAUCUGGAAAAUAUGAUAUGUUUGGUAUUGAAAUGGUCACCAAUAACCUCGAAGAAAAAUAUGAUAUAGAUCAGAUUAAUUGUGAAAGUGUCAUUGAAGAAUCCAAAUCAGAAAAAUGUAUAGAAGAAAUAAGUGGAGGCCCUCUUAAUGAGUUCCUUGAUAUACAGGGUGAAGAUAUGACUCAUGAUUCAAAACCCACCACAGAUUUCAGAAGUUCAACAUUAUUAUCAUGCCACAGUAAUGUGGUAUCAUCCGCAAACAUUGUAAAUGAUCCUCGAAUGUCGAGUUUACUGAGAUCAUUCAGAUGAACAAGGAAAAAGAUUGGCCCAAGAACUGAACCCU